GAACAUAAGGCACGACGGCCGACUUGGCAGCUAGCCCAUGUGAAAAUUUAUACCGACUAAAACUCUUCAUCCAUCAUUGAUAUUUUGGCAAGUCUGUUUUAAAUCACUGUUUCUGUUUAUUUCGCGUUUGUGAUUGAAGUUGAAUCAUCAUGUUCAACCGUGGGACUCGUGGUGGUAGUGCAAGGCCAGGAGGGCCACCACACAAGUCAUAUCACGCUGUACCUGGUAAAACUGCCUCUACUGCUGCUAACCUCUAUUCUAAUACACAAUACAUGGAAGCAAUGCUGAAGAGACAUCGUACAGAAGCGGAGUAUUUUGAGGCAGACAGUGAUGAAGAAGACUCAUUGAGUCGGCAUUACAAGAAGAAAGAAGAGAGUGAGGACAGUGAUGAAGAUACGUUGGAUGCAUUCAUGGCAGGCAUUAAGGAUGACUUGGCUAAAGGAAGCAAACACAGCAACAAGAAGAAUGAGAAGAAAGCUGUAAGACAAGACAUUGAGGAACUUGAUGACCAGGAAUUAUUCUUCAAGUACAUGGAGGAGAACCCCAAUGCUGGAGUACCGAUGUACGAUGCCGACGAUAUCUUGGAAUAUGAUGAAGACGGCAAUCCAAUCAUUCCUGAGAAGUCAAAGUUCAUUGACCCCCUUCCACCUAUCGAUCACAGCGAGAUCAAAUACGAGUCAUUUGCCAAGAACUUUUACAACGAGCAUAAAGACAUAGCUCAAUUGAAAUUUCCUGAUGUGCUUGAUUUGAGAAAGAAGAUUGGAAUUCGGGUGUCUGGGUUUGAUCCUCCCAAACCCAUCACUAGCUUCGGACAUUUUGGUUUUGAUGAGCAACUCAUGCACUACAUCCGUAAGACGGACUACUCCAAGCCGACCCCAAUCCAAGCUCAGGGAGUACCGAUCGCUCUGAAAGGACGGGAUAUCAUCGGAAUUGCAAAAACUGGCAGCGGAAAGACUGCUGCGUUUGUAUGGCCUCUGCUCGUACAUAUUAUGGAUCAGAGAGCAGUGAAGACAGGCGAGGGUCCUAUUGGAUUGAUAUGUGCACCCACAAGAGAGUUAGCCCAACAGAUUUAUGUUGAAGUGAAGAGAUUUGGCAAGGCUUAUAGCAUCAAAGCUGUGUGCGCCUACGGAGGAGGGAACAUGUGGGAACAACAGAAGGCUUGUCAAGAAGGACCAGAGGUCAUCAUCUGUACACCGGGUCGUUUAAUUGACUUAGUGAGAAAGAAAUCCACCAAUCUGCAGAGAGUGACGUUCUUGGUAUUUGAUGAAGCAGAUCGGAUGUUUGAUAUGGGAUUUGAGCCACAGGUUCGCUCAAUCGCCAACCACGUACGGCCAACACGACAAACGUUAUUGUUCAGUGCAACAUUCCGCAAGAAGGUUGAGCGACUUGCUAGAGACAUCUUGACUGAUCCGAUCAGAGUGGUUCAAGGAGAUGCGGGAGAGGCCAAUGAAGAUGUGACUCAGAUCGUUGAGGUGUUUCUUGAUAAGGACACAGACAAGAGAUGGAAUUGGUUGAACACUCAUCUGGUUCGAUUCACAACUAUUGGUAGUGUGCUUAUCUUUGUCACCAAGAAACUCAACGCAGAAGAGCUUGCCAUCAGUCUCAAACAGCAAGACUUUUCAGUUGGUUUGUUACAUGGUGACAUGGAUCAGAGCGGAAGGAACAGUGUCAUCACCGAGUUCAAGAGGAAAAUCAUUCCUAUAAUGGUAGCAACAGACGUAGCAGCUCGCGGUCUGGACAUCCCAUCGGUCAAGACUGUGGUCAACUAUGAUGUUGCUCGUGACAUUGACACUCAUACUCACCGGAUUGGACGGACAGGCAGAGCAGGAGAGAAGGGUACAGCCUACACCCUGGUUACUGCUAAGGAUACUUAUUUUGCUGGUGAUUUGGUGCGUAAUCUUGAAGGAGCAAGCCAGAACGUCUCAAAGUCUCUGCUAGAUCUUGCUAUGCAGAACACAAGAUUCCGGAAAACCCGCAACAUCCACGGCUCAAAGGGCAAGCGUGACGGCGCAGGUCUCGGCUUCAAAGAUAAGUCCAGAAAUAGAGAAAGACCAGGGCUUGGAGGUGGAGAAUCGUCAGCUGGACCAAGUCGUAAAGCUUUGGGGCCUUUAGGAGGAGGGUUCGGUGCGGAUGACCCGGAGGAUGAGUCACAGAUGAAUCGCCUCGAGUCGAUGAGGAACACUUUCAAGUCCCAGUAUCAGAGACACUUCCAGAAAGCAAGCUCCUCAUCCUCAUCCAAAACUUUCUCAACUGAGAACACCGGCCACUACGCUAUGCCACCCAAGAACCCAGCAGCAGCUGCCAGCACUCACGCUAGCCUCGCCAACAGCGGGAUAAGCUUAAAAGCUCCUGGCUUAAUCAGCAUCGCGAGCGGCUUUGUCAAACAGGACGCUACCGAUCCCAAACCAGCACCAAUCAUCAAACCGCCGAUGGAGAUACAAACACCAAGCAGGCAGUCCAAGUGGGACAUUGGUAAACCUCAAGCUCCGGAGAGUAAAACUAGCACCGAGGGCGCUGUACAGAAGACCGGACGAUGGGACAGUACCCCUCGGACAGAAACCGUAGAUACCACGCCCUCACUUUAUGACAGUACAGAUCCGGUUGCAUCUAUCAUGAAACCACCAAGCCAUGUGGAUAGUCAUGGCUAUUGGCAGCUCGGUAGUGGGAGUAAAGGACAGUCAUCAGAACAAACACCAGAUAGUAUGAGUCUGGAGGAGAUGUCAAACAAAAGAGCUCAUGAUCUUGAACAAUUAGUCGCAGAAAAACCCAAAAAACGCAGAAGUCGGUGGGACAUCUAGACCGUCUUCUUGUAUCUAUCUAUUCUCUACCCAUGGUUAAAAGUUGAAUUGCUUUACAAGUCUUUGUACAUAAUACAAUGCUGCAAGCAUUUUGUUUGGGUUUCCCGUUUGCCAAACUGAUACUGCUGAUGAUUAACACAUAAAGGCACCAGUCUAUAUCACUGGUAGCCUCGUUUUGGUCACAGUCACAAGCCUGACAUUCCAUCCUUGGAAGGCGAAACCAUUUUUAGAUUGAAAAUGUCACUUCCAUGUCUAUGGGAAACUUGUGAAGAGGCAAAGGUGAAGACCAGGGGCCAAUUUCACAAAGCUGUUACGCUAAGCAAAGCAUUAGUCGGGCACCACUUACGUUAAUGCAAACUUUACAGAAUUUUGGCUGGUAACUUGGUUUCUGUUUUUAAGGCAGUUUCUGUUAAGCUAGAUUGUCUGUGCUUAGCAAGUCGUUAUGCUUACAGGCUUUAUGGACUCAGGCCAAGGAUCAACAAGGUCAUAACCUAUGUGACCUUAAUGUACAUGUUUGUUAUUAAACCUCCCUGUGUGGUAAAGGUGUUUCAAACUUGAAUAUCUUUAAUGAUCCUUUAAGUUUGCUCUUUAUUCAAUCUCAACAAUAAUACUCUAUGUACAUAGUGACUUGACCUAAAUCAAUUAGCCACUUACAGAUGGUUAUGAUCAUUACACCUGUUUUGAGAAGUGUAGGGCUACGCUAGCCUACUACAGGUUUGAAAUAAUAUAUCAUGGUUGCAUCUAGCCUGGGCCCUUAUCUUGUAAGUAUUAGUUUUACAGUAUCCGAGAUAUCAGUGCAUACAACUUGCAUGUAUACAUGGAUGUAUACAUCCAUGUAUACAUCCAUGUAUACAUCCAUGUAUACAUCCAUGUAAUGAUGUUCUAUAAUGUAAGCGUUAUCAAUGGUACAUGUACCAUGUGACCUUGAGGCCACUCCGGCAUAAUUCAUGAGCCUUGAUGUUCAGGCUAGUAUAGGUCAUAAUAAGACACUGAGAAUGUAAACUCAUCAAUUAAAUAAGAAAAUGCAAAUCAAACUGGAUGUUUAGUCCAUAAUCAUACAAGAAACAUUCAACUAGUUUUAUAGUCAGAAUGGUUCAUUUUAUUUAGUUUGUUCUGUUAAGGGUCAUGGGAUAUUUACAAUAUGCUUGAUACUGCUGUAAAAAUAAUAAAAUGCAGCAGGAAGUUCAUCUUGCUUGUAAAAUAA